GGCGGUGUGAGCCUAUUUUCUUAAAGAUCCAUCAUACGGAAGUUCCAACCAUUUAACUGUUAAACUACUCUACAUUCAGCGCUUCCCAACAUUUCCCUCGAAACUACGGAUUUAAUUUGUUUCUCAGCAUCGAAAUAAUCAGGAAUAUGGACUCAAAUUAAUGUAAAUCGCCAUGAACGGGCAUCUUUUUUGGUCUUGAGUCGGUUUGGUAAUCAUCGUCGCUGCCAACGGAGCUCAGAAUGGACGCCAAACACUCUGAGACACCACGGAAAACUGUAAUAACUACAAUGAAUAUAUUUAUUCUCUUAUAGUUUAAUCCGUUCUACGGCAAUAUGAAGAUCUCUUUUUUAGUUUUCUGCUUAUUAUUCUCGGACGGUGUGUUUGGUGAUGGUAUAGAUGAAAUCAAGUCUAUGUCGGUGAUUGAGGGAGAUUCUGUCACUCUACACACUGAUGUCGGUGAAAUGCAAAGAGUUGAUCUGAUAGUCUGGACAUUUGGACCUGAAAACUUUCGAAUAGCUCAAAUUAAUAGAGUAUCUCAGAUCAGCUCUAUAUAUGAUGUUGAUGAUGGGAGAUUCAGAGACAGACUACUGUUGGACAACAAGACUGGAGAUCUCACCAUCACAAACAUCAGAAUCAAACACUCUGGACUUUAUCAACUACAGACGGUUGGUGGAAUUGAUGUCCUACCCAAGAAAUUCAGUAUUCAUGUUUUUGCUCGUCUGCCCAUUCCUGUGAUCACCAGUAACUCUUCUCAAUGUUCUUCAAGCUCUAAAUGUGUGUUGGUGUGUUCAGUGGUGAAUGUGACACAGGUGACUCUCUCCUGGUACAAAGGAAACAGUUUAUUCUCCUCCAUCAGUGUGUCUGAUCUCAACAGCAGUCUCUCUCUACCUCUGGAGGUGGAAUAUCAGGAGAACAACAUCUACAGCUGUGUGAUCAACAAUCCCAUCAGAAACCAGACUAAACAUCUCAACAUUAAUGAAGUCUGUCAGACGUGUUCAGUUACAGAUUUGGUCGUACAUACAGUUAUAAAAGUGGUGAUAUUUGUUGGUGUUCUGCUGGUCGUGGCUGUAGCUGCUGGUGUGAUUUACUAUCGUCACAGGAACUCUAGACGAGCAGAACGAGAUGAAAAAAUACUUGGAGAACAACUGAUUCUACUGCAAAGGGACGCUGGUGUUUCAGGCGCGCAGAGAGAUGGAGUUAGAAAAGUGGACGUGAUGGAGGGAGUUCCUGUCACUCUUAACUCUAAAGUUACUGAGCUUCAGGAAAAUGAUGUGAUAAUGUGGAAGUUUGGAGUAUUAGACAAUAACACAACCCCAUACAUCACCAUAGCUGCACUGAAUAAACAGAACAAUGAGGAGUUUUUGCUUGAUGGUGAUGGGGAAGCCAGUCUGCAGCUGAACCAUGAGACUGGAGAUCUCUCCAUUGAGAACAUCAGAACCAAACACUCUGGACUUUAUCUACUUCACAUUAGUGGCAGCAAUAUCAUUUUCAAAUCAUUCUUUGUUACUGUCCAAGGUGAAGGGAAGUCAGUAUCAGUGAUGGAGGGAGGUUCUGUCACUCUACACACUGAUCUUACUGAAAUACAGAGACAUGGUGUGAUCAUUUGGAAAUUUGGACCAACAGACACUAAAAUAGCUCAAAUCUGUGCAAAGAAAAAUAAAGGUUUGGUAUAUAAUGGCAGACUACACAUGGAUGAUCAAACUGGAUCUCUCACCAUGACAAACAUCACAACUGAACACUCUGGAGUUUAUGAACUAGAGAUCCACGGCACGAAGGUGUUUUCCAAGCAAUUCAAUGUUUCAGUCCAUGUGGUGAAUGUGACACAGGUGACUCUCUCCUGGUACAAAGGAAACAGUUUAUUCUCCUCCAUCAGUGUGUCUGAUCUCAACAGUAGUCUCUCUCUACCUCUGGAGGUGGAAUAUCAGGAGAACAACAUCUACAGCUGUGUGAUCAACAAUCCCAUCAGAAACCAGACUAAACAUCUCAACAUUACUGAAGUCUGUCAGCCGUGUUCAGUACCGGGUCUGUCCUCAGUUUAUAUAGUGCUGAUAUGCAUCAUGCUGCCACUGCUGAUUGUGAUUGGAGUGGUUUACUAUUGCCGCAGGAAGUGUAAAAAAGAUCAGAAUGGCCAACCUGCUGAAGAAAGUUUUCAGCUAAAUUAUGGUUCAGUCCCUGGCAACGAAGUUGAUGAGCGGGAUGAUGCUGAGGUGGAGACAUCUAAUCAGGAGAUUGAUUCACAAAAAAGUACGAUUCCUGAGGAAGAUGAUGAUAAAGAUGACAGUAUCUUUUCAAAUGAUGAUGUGGAUGUGUCUGAUGCUGAGAGAGAUAAAAUAAAGACCAUGUCAGUAAAGGAGGGAGAUUCUGUCACUCUGCAGACUGGGGUUACUGAAGUACAGGAAAACCAGCUGAUACAGUGGAAAUUUGCUGCUUCCAAAGGAUACGAUGAAACAGGUGUAUUUUGUGUCAUAGCUAAAUGGAACAGAACGAACAAUGAGGAAUUCUUAUUGAACAAAGGAACAUUCAAAAACAGACUGUCACUAACCAACCAGACUGGAUCUCUUACCAUCACAAACAUCCGAGUCAAACACGCCGGGCAUUAUAAACUACAGAUCACCAGCAACAGAAAUACAUUUCGCACAAAGACAUUCAGUGUUUUUGUCUGUGCUUCCGCAGAACACAGAGAGGAAGAUCCAAAUGAGACAAACUUGCCUUUGAUUCCAGAAGAGGAUCCCAACGACACUGGUUUUUAAACACUGUAAAGUUAGCCACAUGCCAUUUUAUUUUUACUUUUAUCAGCCUCUAAAAUCCCCCUGUAUAAAUGAGUUCUAGCUGCAGAGGUGUGUAGUAACACGCUACAUUUACUCCGUUACAUUUCCCAUCCUCAUGUUGUUCCAAACCCGUGUGACUUUCCGUAUUUUGUGAAAAUCAAAAGAUGUUUGACAGAAUGUAUUCCCUUUUAAAAUAUGGAGGGAAAAAAACAUGCAGUGAAAGUAAAUGGUGACUGAGGAUAACAUUCUGUCUGGCAUCUCCUUAAUUGUGUUGCACUGAAGAAAGAAAGUCGUACAGGUUUGGAACAACAUGAGGGUGAAUGAUGAAUUAAUUUACAAUAAUAGUAAUUAAUAUUUUUAUUAUUAUCAUUGUGUAACAUGUUAAAAGUGGAUUAUGUAAUGGAAUAUUGGGGAGUAAACAUCCAUUAUGUUACAUAUGAAAGUACCUAGUUACUCACUACUUGAGUAUUCUGUUAAUUGGAUACUUUUUUUACUCUUACUCAAGUAAUUAAUAACAUCAUUACUUCUACUUGAGUUCAGUUUUUGGCCACUCUACCCACCUCUGGCUAGCUGUGUAUGAAAUCAACCACUAUGUUUUUUUUUUUUUUUUGAGGUUUGAAACAAGAUUAAAGUGCUUCUUUUGAUUUGGUAAGAGUAAAACAUACCUUUUUUUUUUUUUUUUUUUUUACAUAUGUUUGUAUUAGAUUUCAUACCUAUUACUCCAUGCAUGUAUCAUGAUGGUUGUUUGUUGAGUACAAAAUUUAUGGACUAAUUUUAAAGUGGAAUUGGAAACAGUAGGUUGACUUUUCAUUAGCUGAAAUCUGAAGUCUGUAUUACUGAAAUGUGAAACACUGCCCCCAGUGGCCAAAGCGGUAACUGUUGUUGGGUUCAUGGGCAGGUGUGAGUAGAGGCCUUAAAAUGAAACCCGACCCAUACCUGAGACCGUGUGGCCUGACCCUUCCCUGCCCGAACAAUACUGUCAGAUUAUAAGCCGAAAUCACUCACUAUCUUUAUAAUUUCUUCUCCUAGCAAGUACUGUUGCAAUAGGCUGUAUUAUAUGUAAGCAUAUAGGCAACAUUCGUAACAAUAUUGAAACAGUAAACAUACACCGUUUUAACAAGGCACGGCAGCCCCUUAGUACACUAGAGCAGAAGGGGAAAAAAGCAUUGACUUACUGUUUAUGCACUGAAAUUUUGCUUGGUGCAGAACAUUCUGGAAUAAUAUGAGACAAUGCAACAGUCCCCUCUAUGCAGCUGGAACUUGUUCAGAGUGUUGAAUCUUUGUGACAACUGUGCUGAGAACAAUCUAGACGUGGCGCAAAGAAUGAAACGGAGCGCAGGUGUCUCGACAUGCGUUUUUGAAAAUUUGAAGUUCUUUUUAACUUGACACGGUGUUUAGAAAGUGCCGUCCUGUGCGAGACGCUGAAGAAACACAGAGACACAGCGCAACAGUCUAAGACAUUCAUCCAGCAUGUGUUUAAACAAUGGGAAAACAGAAUUGAUGCGCACAAAAACACAUUUGGAGCGAACAGCCCCUAACUGGUCUGUUCGUGUGUGUCUGUGAGCGAGAGCACGUGCGUGAAAUAAGUUCAGUUGGCCUGUUUAUUUUUUCAUUAAUUACAAACCCAAACCCGACCAGAAGUCCUACUUGGAAAAACUGACCCGAACUCGGGUUCUCGGGUCCCGUCGGGCCCCGCUCUGGUUGCAGACCCCUGGGUGUGAGCUCCAUUUUCGGGUGAAUUGUCCACGGAAGGGCGCCAAAAGCCAAACCUUAGCCACAGGGGAAGGUAAACAGUUGAGCCGAUGUAAAAAUGUCUGAAAGGAGAUGCCGCUUGUCGUGAGUUGGCAUCAUGUGACCAAUCCUAGGGUACCGCCACUCUCGGAAACAACAUGUCGACUUCCUGUGUGACCUUGUUGAAACUUUAAAGGUCUAAAGAAAAUUUCACAAUGAAUAAUUAUUUUUUUUGUUAUGAAGGGACCAAGACCCCAAUGAAAUGAGAUGAGAUAUAGUUAGGUGACCUCCCAAUAGCACACAUACAUCUCCGAGGUGUCUGUUUGAGAGCAUUUCAUCUGGAAAGCAUUGCAUUCAAAUUGUCAUCUGCUAAACAUCUUAAAAGGAUCAGCUUUACAAAUCUAAUUUAGAAAUGUCUCAAAAACAUCUGCUGAAUGUCUUAUUGACAUCCAAGAGGAAACAUCUUAUAGACAUAUUGCAGAUGAGCAAACAACCUAAAAAAUACGUCUUCCAGAUGUAAAAACAAAGGUUAAAUAGACGUCUGGGUGGUGUACGUGUGCUAUCAGGGCUGUGACCACAAGGUUUAAGGCCGAGUGUGCAAUACAAUGUGAAAAUUAAGACAUGUUUUUUUUUUUACACUACACCAGUACUUAUUUGCACCACAAUGGACUUAUUUAGAAAAGAGCUUUUUUUACUUUAUUAAAUAAUGGUCAACAAUAGAAUAACAAUUAUGACCCUUAGCUUUCAAGCUAAGCUUUUACAGAGCUGAUCAUACAUGUUGUAGAACCCUUGGGCCGAGACCGGGUCGAGCCGUAACCCGGAUGGGAGUGAGGUUUAGGAGGGUGAGUGUAACUCGAGCCAGCUGGUAUGUAGCUGUGCAGUGUGUAAAUCUUACUCCCCUUGCCUCAAGAGGUGCACUAACGACUGACGCUAGGGGCUGUAGCCUUUAGCCUCCUUGUUAGCUGCCCAUCUCUCAUGCCUGAGACCCCGGUUCGAAUCCCGCUCCGAGUGGAGCGAGCAGGACUGGUUACAGUGGUGCCGCGACCCGGAUGGGAGUGAGGUUUAGGGGGGUGAGUGUAACGGUAACCAGCUGGAAGGUAGCUGUGCAGUGUGUAAACCUCACUCCCCUGGCCUCAAGAGGUGCACUAGUGGCUGAUCCUCUACAAGUUCUUGUACAUUUGGAGGAAGAAACCAGGACAGUGCACAGUCCUACAACAGCAUGCAGAAGGACUCCUUUUCCACAAUUUUUAUUAAUAAAUUGGGAUAUGUGCAAGGGAUUGAGGGUGAUUGAAGGCUUGAUGCAUCCUCCAAAAUAUGUCGAACGAAGGCUGCGAAACGAAGCUGCCUUCCAAAGGUUCUCACAAUUGAGAUGGCCUUCGAUGGCGCUUGAUGACGUGGCAGCCAUGAUAUGCAGCCUAGAUAGGCUCCAGCACCAACAGGCUCUUCAUGAUUAGGAUUAGGGUGGGGUCAGGGCAUCUGCUGCUUGCCAGGCACAAUCUGAGGCCCCUUUGUACAAUGGGCAUUUUAGUCUCGUCUUCAACUACCUCGUGAAAGCAACUGUCCAGUGUUGAAACCUUGUGGACCCUCCAAGUACUGCAAACAAUUCCAGACACAUGCGAAGACUAUGCAUACAGAGUACGCAUUAAACACCUUGAACAGUAUAAUCUUAUAAGUAGUACACCAUGAAAGAGUGGUGCUUGCACACCCUUCUAAUGACGAAAUUUACGUUAUUUGCCCUGUAUGCGUAACUCUUGAUCAAAGACACUCUAUCAUUUGUUGAACACUUAGAUUUGUAAUAAUUUUACCCUUUAUUAUCCCAUGAUUUCUAGCUGAUCAUCAGUCUGUUCCUAUUAUUGAUGCUCCACAAUGUUCA